AUGGUCGUUGAACUUUCUUCCGUAGAAGAACAUUACUUGAAGAGAGAGUUAUUAAGGAUUGAGUUGAAUACAGAGUUUGAGAAGCUUAACGACAUUAAUGCAUUGAGGAAGUUCGGGUGCCCCUUCUCGGAUGAGGAUCCGAAGAGUAAGGGCAAGGCUAAAAAUAAGAGUCAUUCACGAAACAGCUCGGUUUCUAGUCGUGUUUCAUCAACGCUUAAUUCUGAUGAUGAGGUGAAACAGAAAUUUGUUGGUGAGUUUCCGGUAUUAAGCCAUUUCUUGCAGAAUUUUGUAAUGACGUUCCCAUUGUUGUCCAAGGAGUUGGUUAAGGAUCCGUCGUUUUGGCAGGGUAAAGUUCAGGUGUUCUUUGAGCAUUUCAUGUCUUUACCGUUCAGUUCCAGUUUUGAUAGAGAAGAAUUGACAAAACGUCGGAAGAUGGCAUUGAAAUUGUCCAAGGUGAUUUUAUUGUUCUAUAACUCUGGGAUCGGUGUGUCAAAGGAACGUCAGUACUACGAGCAAGAGAAAUAUCAUCUUACUAAGGAUGCAGAGAAGGCUACCAAGUUGAAUAAGUUUACCAUGCCAAGCAAGGAUAAUUUGCAGUACUUAUUGACGAACGAACCUAUCUACUUCAAUGGGAUCGAUAUCAAUGUGAUAGCCGUGGUAGAGCAUCGGUUACUUUUCCCUGAUGAUAAGGUGAAACCAAAACCGGCUAAAAGUGUUGCAAAUAAAUGGAUGAAAUCAAAUCUAGGGUUUGAUUUCUCGAAGCUAUCGUUGAUUGAUUCUGGUAGCUCUAAGAGACAUCAAAGCUAUUUUAUGAUACGGGUUCGUAAGGAGGACCCUGCAACUACUGUUUUUGUUUAUAAGACCUAUGAGGAUUUCAAAAGAUUGGCUAAGGAUUUAAAGACUGGAUACCCGGGUAAAAAACUACCGCAAUUACCUCAUAAGAACAAGAUCCAGGCCUCUAUCAAACAAGAUGGUGUUGAUGUGACAGAAACGCUUGAAUCCAUUACACAGCAAGCGAAAGCAGACUUGGAGACAGACGAGAUUGAGUACGAAGAGUUCGAUGAAGACCAGCACGACCAGAGCUCAGAACAAAGUUCAGAACAAAACACUCCUAAUAUCAACAAGAACCGAACGUUGCCUCGUGAAAGAAUGAGAACGUCGUUGAGACAAUAUUUGAGAACCCUUUGUCAGGAAAAGGAAGUGGCUACAGGUACACCUUUAAAGAAAUUCUUGUUCUCUAAAAGUGAACGUCUUGAGGAUGCUGAACUCAAUUCUGCUGUUAAAAAUGAUAUGAAGAACCGUGAACUUGUAGAUCUGACCAACAUAGAGCAUCAAAUCAAAUUCCAAAAAAUGGCCUUCGAAAGGUCGUUGAAAUUGCAAGACUCAUUAAAGGAAAUGAAAACUUCCUUGCUACAAGAUCAAGACUUCUUGCUUGGAUUAUUCAAAGAGUUUAAGGAGAAAAGGGACCCGUACGAGUUAUCCCCAAUCUUGAGGGAUUUCUUUGACUGGUGUAAGAUCUACAUGUCAGCAACCCUGUACCAAAUGUUUUUGGGAGAUGAUAGCGGGUAUGAACUUUAUAAGCAAGUCCGAAGAUUACAUAAGUUGCUGCCGUAUACAAUCAUGAUUCAAAUUUUACGGUUUACUAAUCCAAUAGCGAUAAUGAAGGGUAUGAUGGAUUUGUUUAUGGCUCAGCCAUUUGGAGGACAAUCUUUGCUACAAACAAUGUUUUCUACUAUUUUAACGGACGAUUUGAAGGGCCAAGAUAAAAUAAUCGAAGAGUUGGAAACAGUGAUCAAGACUAAUCACCAGUACGGUACUGAAAUAUGCAGAUUCUUCAAGAAGGUCAUCUUUGAAAAUGAAGAUUCUUCCUUAUUGGAUAUGGAUGCUGUUCACAGCGAUGUUAAAUUGAUGAGUAUGCCUAUAUCUGUGAUAAUUACCAUGAGGGGAACAGAAAUGGAACACGUGUCUUCUGAUGCUCUUGCAGAACUAAUGGAAUCCUACACCUACUGGAAAAACGAACAAGAAAACAGUAUUGCACUAGUUCACGUGAGGUCAAAUGAUUCUUUAAGCGCUUCAGUCGGUGUAUAUUUCACUAGAAUCAAAGAAUAUCUACAAUUGUUGAUUCAAGAGCGUGACAAAAGAUUAAUGAAGCAACUAUGGGAGGAUCCGGAGCUCUCUCAAUUGAUCAAAUCAAUGGUUACUUUGUUCUACGAGCCAAUGAUUAAAGUGUUCAAAGUGGCACGUAUGGAUUUGGCCUUCAGAAAUUUUGAAAAGUUCAUGAAUGAUUUGAUCUAUCUACUCGAUAAUGUUAUUAAUGGUAACAAGGGUUCUGUCACUAUCACAAAUAUUGUUGAUGAGAUAAAUGAAUUGAUCAACAAACAUGAAACUUCGUUUUAUCAAUUCGCUCAUGAUAUCUAUGUCAACGAUACGCAAGGUAUAUUUGAAGGUUUCAUAACUUGGAUUUGUUCUAUUAUCAAUUUCUUGCAACGCAGUAAAUUUGGAAAGGUAGAAGAUGCAAUAGAUCUAAAUGUACUUUUACAGAAAUCUGACGUUGAUGCAGAUAUUGUUAAAGAGCAAUUACAGCAAGUAAUCGAUAAAAGAUUAGAAAGUAGAAAGCUCUAUAGUGAGUUAGUGAAGACCAAGGGUAAGAAAGAGAACGGAGAACAGAAAAAGGAAUCGGAAAAUGUCAAUAAUCUACUUGACAGGCAAUGGAAAAAUUUGAAUCAUAUGGUUAUACCGAAUGAUUCAGCAGAUUUGAAUCUUGAUGAUGCAGAUCUUGUUGAUUUGGACUUAGAUAUUCAGGACUAUGAAUACCUGCAAAACGACGAAGCUGAUGAGUUAGAACUCAAAUAUAAGGCAAUUCUUGACAAAGAAGUUCCUGUCUCUGAAAUCGAAAAGUUCUUAGAAACUACGUUCAGACCAAAAUUGCGUGAAGUCCUCAACGUUUAA